AUGGACGCCGUUCCAAGCCGCACAGCAGAGGUGCCCGAAGAUGCACGCUUCAGCCAUGUUCGCUCGUGUGUCUUAGCUAAAUUGAACGUCGUCUUCGUCUUUCUCCUGCACGAGGCCACGGCUGCUGUGGUGUGGAAGGUUGGACCAACCUUCCACGAGGCCACGGCUGCUGUGGUGUGGAAGGUACCUUCGACAUCGCUGAAGUCCCUGUUCGCCUCCUUGCUGCGGAUCAACGCCACCCCCGGCAAACGGGAUGACGACGCACUGCACUCCUCGUUCAACGAGCGGGUGUUCCGAAUUGGCCCCACGCACUGGCCUCUCAGCAAGCUGCGCCAGUACACCAGGGUUCUUUUCGUGCGGCACCCCUUCGAGCGUCUAGUCUCGGCCUUCGAGGACAAGGCCGGAAAACCCAGGGACAGGGAACGCUUCUUCUACGAAGUCUACUGGGACCGCAUCCUGGCUGGCAACAACGGGAGCAGCAACAACGACGCCACGACCAACUCUACCCGCGCCAUCACUUUUCCCCAGUUUGUGGACUACUUACUUCGGGUGCCUGUAUCCCAGUGGGACGACCACUGGGCGCCGUACUAUUCCCGUUGCGAGCCGUGUCUCUUCCGGUACAACUUUGUGGGACACCUGGAGACGGCUGGACGAGACAUGGCGCUGCUGUGGCGACGCAUGGGUCUCAAAAUUCCGCCAGAGUCAUCGACACCGGAGCAUCGCAAUGAGACUCCUCGGGAGCGUCGACGGCGACGAUACUUCGACCAACUGACGACGAGUCAGGUGGAAGGACUGUACCAGCGGUACUUCUACGAUUUUGUGCUGUUCGGCUACGACCACCGAAACUAUACCAUCGGAUAUGAUAGUUGAAUCACUGCACCGCCAGCUGAUACGAAUGUGACAGUUACGUUCUUCAAUGUGUGCACGGGACGUCUUGCACUGUGCAGAAACAAGAAGUCUGCGUAAGAUCCAGGCCCAAGACCUGCACGGAUUACGAGUGCAAUAUCCUGACCCAUCAUUCCCCUCUGAUUUUGCGUAGAUGUUGCUAUGCGACACAUAUGGCACACGACAAACUCCCUGUUGCAGUGAAGUUUACUUGGGAAUACGCAGGCUUUUAGCUCCGUAAUACUUACGUUGCGAGCCGUGCCUCUUCCGGUACACCCUGUGGGACAUCCGUAAAACGGCUGAAUAGGACAUGGCACUAUUGUGGUGAUGUGUGGGUCUAAAAACACCGUAGUAGUCGUAGACGCUGGAGAGUCGUAACUCCUCGGAAGAACACAUCGACGUUGCUACUUCGCGCAACUGACCACUAGACAGGUGGAAAGACUACAUCGGCAGCACUUCUACUAUUUGGUGCUGUUCGGGUACGACAAACGAAGCUGCGUGUAGCGGAUGCGGCGAUGCCGAAAUGCUCAAGAACAUGAUCUGCUCCUGCGGCAGACUGGUGAGCCACUACCAACAUGUUGGGCUUCUAGCGACAUCCAUGGAGAAUAUUCUUUUGCCUGUGCGGUCACCACUGCCAGCCCUGCGGGCUUUCAUGGAAUUUGAGGGACCUGCUAAACCCUAUGAUA